AUGGCUACUACGAGCACCAUCAGACCCGGCUUCGACGUAAUCGGCCUCGCCCUCUCAGUAUGGCUCGAACUCAAGGUGACCAUCGGCGACGAGAAAUCCUCUGGAGCGCCCUACAACUGCCGAAUUACCUAUGAAGGACUCGGCAAGGAGGGUGUGUCUCUUGAUCCCAACCAGAACCUCAUCACCCAGACGGCGCUGUACGUCCUGCGCUGUCAUGAGCAACGAGCUUUCCCUUCGAACACGCAUGUCCACAUCGUCAACCCGAUUCCUUUGGGGAGAGGACUGGGAUCCUCUGGAGCGGCGGUGGUCGCCGGUGUGGCGCUGGGGAGCGAGGUAGGCAAGCUAAAUCUUUCCAAGGAUCGGAUCCUGGAUUUCUGCCUCAUGAUCGAGCGGCAUCCGGAUAAUGUUGCUGCGGCGUUGUAUGGUGGGUUCGUGGGGAGUUAUCUGAAGGAACUCAACCCGGAGGACCUCAAGCGGAGGGAGAUUCCCCUUGCUGAGGUGCUGCCGGCGCCGCAGGGUGGCGAGGACACGGGGCUCAAGCCACCUGUUCCGCCGCUGAAUAUUGGCAAGCAUAUUCGUUUCCCCUGGGCGAAGGAGAUUAAGUGCUUGGCUAUCAUUCCGGACUUUGAGGUUGCUACGGCUGAUGCGCGGCGAGUUCUUCCUACUUCGUAUGAGAAGGCGGAUACGAUUUACAAUCUUCAGAGAGUGGCUUUGCUGACCACGGCGCUCGGCCAGAGCCCACCUAACCCAGAGCUCAUUUACGACGGCAUGCAGGACAAGAUCCAUCAGCCGUAUAGGAAGUCUUUGAUCCCUGGCUUGACUGAGAUCCUGCAGUCUGUCACUCCCGCGACACAUCCUGGUCUACUUGGUAUCUGCUUGUCUGGCGCUGGUCCCACUAUUCUGGCUCUGGCCACGCAGAACUUCGAACAGAUUGCGGAUCACUUGGUACAGCAGUUCAAGAAGGAGAAUAUCUCGUGCGAGUGGAAACUCUUGGAGCCGGCUUACGAUGGCCUUACUAUCUCGCAAGAGACUACUUCGCAAGUACCAAGCGGUGGCAUGACAUACGCAGAUGCCGGUGUCUCGAUCGAUGCGGGCAAUGAGCUCGUCAAGUCCAUCAAAGCUGCCGUCGCAUCAACACGCAGACCCGGUGCAGACGCUGAGAUUGGCGGCUUCGGCGGUGCGCUUGACCUCGCCGGCGCAGGAUACCAGGAAGCACCCACACUCAUCCAAGCCAUCGACGGUGUCGGCACGAAGCUCAAGAUCGCCUUCGCCAUGAACGACUUCUCCACCGUCGGCAUCGACCUCGUGGCUAUGAAUGUCAACGAUCUAGUCGUGCAAGGCGCCGAACCCCUGACCUUCAUGGAUUACUACGCCUGCUCGACCCUCAACGUCCCCGACGCCGUCUCCUUCGUCGAAAGCGUCGCCAAAGGCUGCAAAGAAGCCGGCUGCGCACUUGUCGGCGGCGAAACCGCCGAAAUGCCAGGCAUAUACCAAGGCAACGAGUUCGACGCCGGCGGCGCAGCAACGGGCGCCAUCAAAAAGGGCCAAAAAGUCCUCCCGCUCAAAGACGCGAUGCAAGAAGGCGACGUCCUGCUAGGCCUGCCCAGCAACGGCGUGCACUCCAACGGCUUCUCUCUCGUGCGCAAGAUCCUCGAAAAGAAAGACCUCGACUUCACCGCCCCUGCGCCCUGGGACUCGACGAAGACCGUCGGCUCAAGCCUCCUCACCCCGACAAGAAUCUACGUCAAACCGCUCCUCGCCGCCGUGCAGCAAGACCUCCUCCUCGGUAUGGCGCACAUCACGGGUGGGGGGUUGGAAGACAACAUCCCGCGCAUGCUACCCAAGCACCUCGCUGCGGAAGUGGACGCUUCGGCGUGGCCGGUGCCGGAGGUGUUGAUGUGGUUGAAGAAGGCCGGGAAUGUGAGCAGUCGGGAGUUUGCGAGGACGUGGAAUACUGGGUUGGGCAUGGUGAUUGUGGUGAGGGAGGCUAAGGCUGAUGAGGCGACGAGGGUGUUGGAGGGGGCUGGGGAGAAGGUUUAUAGGGUGGGACGGUUGGUGAAGAAGGAGGGGGAGGGGGAGGGGGUUUUGUUGCAGCAGUUUGAGCAUUGGGAUCGGUAG